UAUAUCCUUGAUGAUAAUGUUAUCACUUACUUCACUUAUGAAGGCUUUUUUGGUUUUGACUAGUGCUGAUACUACUGUUAUUGAAAGCUUUACUUGUUCAUCAAUCAAUCACAAGGAAUUCCUCUUAUAAAAGGGGGAACUUUCCCUGAGAUGCUACAUCAGUACAUUGUGACUUGAAAUUUUCAAUAAUUUAGAGAUUUUACGGAGUAUUGUACUAGUACAAGUAUAUAUAAUGUCCAGCACAUAUGAAUCUGUAGUUGAUCAGCAGCAACAACAGGCUUAUGGAUGGGCAGCUCGCGAUUCAUCAGGCAUCCUUUCACCCUUUGAUUUUUCUAGAAGGGCCAAUGGAGAAAAUGAUAUCACUGUCAAAAUAUUGUAUAGUGGUAUUUGUCACACUGAUCUUCACUUUGUUAAGAAUGAUCAUGGAAUGUCCAACUAUCCACUUAUCCCCAGACAUGAGAUGGUAGGAACAGUUAUUACUACUGGAGCCAAGGUAACAAAAUUCAAAGUAGGGGACAAAGUUGGGGUAGGAACCAUGGUUGAUUCCUGUCGUUCGUGUGAUAGUUGUGGCAAGCAUCUUGAGAAUUACUGUCCCAAAAUGAUCUUAACAUAUGGAUCCACUUACUUGGAUGGCACCCCUACAUAUGGAGGCUACUCUGAUAUAAUAGUGGUAGAUGAGCAUUUUGCUGUUCGCAUUCCUGAGAAGAUGGCACUUGAUGCUACUGCCCCUCUUUUAUGUGCCGGCAUCACUGUCUACAGCCCUUUUAAAUACUUUGAGCUUGACAUUCCUGGACUCCAUGUUGGCGUUGUUGGCCUUGGUGGUCUAGGACACUUGGCUGUGAAAUUUUCCAAGGCAUUUGGUGCUAAGGUCACGGUCAUUAGCACCUCACCUAACAAAAAGGAGGAAGCUAUCAAUCGUCUUGGUGCUGAUUCAUUUCUGGUCAGCCACGACCCUCAGCAACUGCAGGCUUCUGUGGGGACAAUGGACGGUAUAAUUGAUACAGUCUCAGCAACUCAUCCUCUCUUACCAUUGAUUGAUCUGCUGAAGACUCAUGGAAAGUUGAUCAUGGUUGGGGCUCCAGGCAAACCUCUUGAGUUGCCAAUCAACCCUCUGCUAAUGGGUAGGAAGAUCGUAGCUGGAAGUUGUGCCGGAAGCAUGAAAGAGACACAGGAGAUGAUCGAUUUUGCUGCUAAUCAUGAUAUUAAAGCAGAUAUUGAGGUUGUUCCAGUGGAAUAUGUUAACACGGCCAUGGAGCGUCUACUCAAAGCAGACGUUAGGUAUCGUUUUGUCAUCGACAUUGGCAACACACUGAAAGCUGCACUAGGAUAAAUUCAUUUUGCAUACUGAUAUUAAGACUUAAGAUGCUAUAAUAAGCUGUGACAAGUUUGAUGAAAUUCAAGUCUUGGCUUGUACGGAAUACGGAGGGUUUUUUUUCUUCCUAUGUAAAAAUCAUUAAUGUUAAUUUCAAAUAUAGUAAUGUAUCUACUACCUCAUGCCCUCAUCACAGUUUGAUGCAAUGUGGUUAUUGCAUAUUGAGUUCUAGGGUUUUUUUUCAUCCUCAUUGUAAUAAAAAAGUUACCUAAUGUUUGUAAAAAUAAAAGCGAACAAUUAUGAAUGUAUGCUCUUCUCUAUUUCUAACCUUAAUAUUCACAUGUCUAAAACAUAAUCAAACAAAAAAAUCGAAAAUUUGAUAAUAUAAGACUCGAAACAGGACAACACCGAAAAAACUAGUCCAAAA